CACGGUUAUUAACAUUUUUGUUUCUAAUACGUGUUUUUAAUUUUUGUUGAACUAAAUGUCUGGCAUCUGCCAGUUCUCGUACUAAUUUGAUAAUCGAAUACAUUGCUAAAGUAGAGUGGAAACCAGGCAGAUCUAACCACAUUGUUAACAAGUACCUCUUAGGUCUUGAGAUGCUAAUCGUGCCACUUCUACAGCAAACAAAGACCAAUUUCAAAUAUCAAUUUGGCAUUACGCACAAUUGUGCCACGUGAUCACAGCAAGUCCUUCAGUAAUACUUAUCUCUAAGAGAAUUCUUCCGGUAACUGUAUAUAAAGCCGAUGUGCUGCAGCCGACACAACCACAACACAAUCAUCAUGAUUAAGUUAGUUUUCUUGUUCGCUGCUUUGGUAGCUUCAGCUAUCGGUUCGCCUGCUGCUAAUUUGACAGCAAGUUGCACAGUAACUAGCUACUCUGCUAUUGCGACUGCAGUAUCUAGUUGCACCACUUUGACCAUUUCCGGAAUCACCGUACCAGCUGAGACUACUUUGACUCUAUCUCUCAAAAGUGGAACCAAGCUAACCAUGGAAGGUACGUGGACGUGGAAGUACGCUGAAUGGAAAGGACCUCUGCUAAAGAUCACCGGAAGCGAUGUCACUGUUACUGGAAGCGGUUUGACCCUUAAUGGCCAAGGUGCUGACUAUUGGGACGGUAAAGGAGACAGUGGAAUUAAAAAACCAAAAUUCAUGACAAUCGCAACUACUGGAGGAUCUACUUUCUCUGACAUUAACCUAUUGAACUGCCCACAUCAGUGCAUUUCCAUCAGCAGUGCCAGCGACACCACUCUUGAAAACUUCGUUAUUGAUGUAUCUGAUGGAGACGAUAAUGGUGGUCACAACACUGAUGGAUUCGACGUGUCCGGAUCUACAGGAAUUACCGUUAAGAACAGCGUUGUCAAAAAUCAAGAUGAUUGUGUUGCUGUAAACCAAGGAUCCGACUUAGUCUUCUCAAAUUUAACUUGCAGUGGAGGACACGGUUUGAGCUUGUCUGUUGGUCAAAGUACUUCAAAUGGAUCAGCUAACAAAGUCUCUAACGUCACCUUCUCCGACUGUACUGUAACUAAAUCUGCCAAUGGCAUCCACGUUAAAACUCACUCCGAUGCAGGAACUGGUGCUAUUUCCGAUGUUACCUACAAAAACAUUAAACUUUCCAGUAUCACCAAAUACGGAAUCAACGUUCAAGAAGAUUACGCCGAUGGUUCAUCCACUGGAUCUCCAAAAGGCAACAUUCCCAUCACCAACUUGGUAUUGAAUGAAGUUACUGGAAGCAUGAGUGGAGGCUCCAGCAGCAUGGCCGUAUACAUUCUUUGUGGAACUGAUGGAUGCUCUGACUGGAAAUGGUCUGGUGUUUCCGUCACCAAUGCCAAGAAGGACAGCAGUUGCAAUUUCACACCAACUGGUUA